UGUCAAUAGAGUAAGAUUCGUCGAGCCGCUUUGAAUAACGAUUAUUAAGGAGUGUGGUCUGGUUAUUGAACAAAAUCCAAAAAGGUUCAGAUCUGUGCGGUGUGACCCGAAAAGCUAACAGAAAUGGAGACCUUUCUAUUCACAUCUGAGUCUGUGAACGAGGGACACCCUGACAAACUCUGUGACCAGAUCUCUGAUGCGGUUCUCGAUGCCUGCCUUGAACAGGAUCCUGACAGCAAGGUUGCCUGUGAAACAUGCACUAAGACCAACAUGGUCAUGGUCUUUGGUGAGAUCACCACCAAAGCCAAGGUAGACUAUGAGAAGAUAGUUCGCGACACUUGCCGCAACAUUGGAUUUGUUUCUGAUGAUGUUGGUCUUGAUGCUGACAAGUGCAAGGUCCUGGUUAACAUUGAGCAACAGAGUCCUGAUAUUGCACAGGGUGUCCAUGGUCACUUCACCAAGCGCCCAGAAGAGAUUGGUGCUGGUGACCAGGGCCAUAUGUUUGGUUAUGCUACCGAUGAGACCCCUGAAUUAAUGCCUUUGAGCCAUGUCCUUGCCACCAAGCUUGGGGCUCGCCUUACUGAGGUUAGGAAGAAUGGUACUUGUGCCUGGCUUAGACCUGACGGUAAAACUCAAGUUACCGUCGAGUACUUUAAUGACAAUGGUGCCAUGGUCCCAGUUCGUGUCCACACUGUCCUCAUCUCCACCCAGCAUGAUGAGACUGUCACCAACGAUGAGAUUGCUGCCGACCUCAAGGAGCAUGUGAUCAAGCCUGUGGUCCCAGAGAAGUACCUUGACGAGAAGACCAUCUUUCACCUUAACCCAUCAGGUCGUUUUGUCAUUGGUGGCCCACACGGUGAUGCAGGUCUCACUGGACGCAAGAUCAUUAUUGAUACCUAUGGAGGAUGGGGAGCCCACGGUGGUGGUGCUUUCUCAGGAAAGGACCCAACCAAGGUUGACAGGAGUGGUGCUUAUAUCGUUAGACAGGCGGCCAAGAGUAUUGUAGCAAAUGGGCUUGCUCGCAGAUGCAUUGUCCAGGUCUCCUAUGCUAUUGGUGUGCCCGAGCCUUUAUCAGUUUUCGUUGACACCUAUGGAACUGGAAAGAUUCCUGACAAGGAGAUCCUGAAGAUUGUGAAAGAGGUGUUCGACUUCAGACCAGGAAUGAUGACCAUCAACCUUGAUCUGAAGAGGGGUGGAAACGGAAGGUUUUUGAAGACUGCCGCAUACGGACACUUUGGAAGGGAUGACCCCGACUUCACCUGGGAGGUUGUCAAGCCCCUCAAGUGGGACAAGCCUCAAGCUUAGGAGUGGUUUAUACUAUCUAUCCCCUGCUGCUUUCAGAUGCUCGCUUGGCUUGUAGUUUAUGAAUAAUUUGUUUCAGUUUUAUUGCUGCUGCACUUUAAUCUAAUUCAGUGUGCAAUGAUCCUAUCUCUUACGUAAGGUCCAAUAUUUAUUUUUCCUUUCUAUCUUUUUUUUAUUGGCAGUUUCUGGUGUGAAAAUAUAAGAAAAUUUUGCUAGAAAUUAUGGCACUGGGCUGCUUUGCAGCAGAGCAGCACCGGAAUGUAUUAAUGUCCGCUUGGAAACUAUGGUUUACUGCGUUCUACUUA